GUUCAGACGACACUGCAUGAUGUUUGAGUGUGGCUUCGUUGGCCCGCUCGGACAAUAAGAAAGACGGAAGACGGCACGGAAGCCGGGGUGGGCUACAUAGCCAUUCGGCGUGCGUGCCUCGCAAUCAUUGAAAUUUCAUCGUCACGCCCUCUCCAACAAGAUGUUCACCCCGAAUGCUUUCACCGCUCUCAUUGCCCUUUUGUCCACUACUUCCCUUGUAUUGGCCACCGAUUAUAGGUUACUCGUUAAUAAACCUUCUUGUCAGACCAUAGACCAAUUCAGAUUCAACUUCGAGACACUAUGCCCGGUAUUCGAGACCUCUAAUACAACAGAAUAUAAAGGCGGCUUAUACUUUUAUCCGGGCGACUAUCAAGGACAAAACGCCGAUACUCAAGCUCGGGUAUUCUGCACAUACGUCAACAGCACUGACAAUGUCGUCUACUCUGUCACCUCUGAGCUCGUUACCUCACUUGGUGGAUCGAUCGCCUGAGGGGUGAUCAUACAUUGGUGGUCAGAUACUGAAAAAACACAGUACAGGUAGUUUACCUCAGCAGUAGAGACAAGCCGCUUCGUAGCAUAAUUGGAUAAGGGAAUGCAAGCUUUUUUUCAUUUCCUUCGGGACAACUAGCCAUAUUUUUUUAGCCUCUGGGAAUGUAUUGCAGACAAUAUCCUCCGCCGUAGCUAUACUACGUCCCUUGACUCUCGUUCAAACAGGAAAAUAAAGCUCUUGUAGUUUCACAGCUCCCUAACCCUUUCAUUGUCGUCGGCAUCGUCAGUGUCUUUGUUCUUGAAGAUCUGUCGCUCCACAAAAUUAAUACAUGAUGCAUAUGUAUGAUAUGGA